AUGUACAUGACAGUAGUAGAGGCUGUAAGAAGAAAUCCAACCAAGUAUCAAAUCAAAAUUGAACGUCGUAAUGGCAUUGUAAUGAUACCUGAAGAUUCUAAAGAAAAAUAUGUGAAUAAUGCUGAAAUGAGACCUGAGGAGUUAAUCAAGUCAAAAUCUGAUGUGACUCAUCAAAAUCCAAGCCAAAUCUGA